AUGCGAUAAAUACGGAAGUGGUCCUAUGAAGCAGACGUGAGGCUACAAGACUGUUUUGCCGAUACAGACUGGGGUAUGUUCUGGGAUUCCUCCGAUAGAAUUGAGGAGUUUACCACAUCCAUAUCCACGCUGAGUUAAUCGCUAGAGCUACUGUUUACAAGAAACGGGACACAGACAUUGACACAUACAAGAAGGCCCACUAUGACCGCCAACAUCAAACAUGUAAAAGGACAAUAUAGGAUGAAGGUGGAAUCCUACUACACUGGCUCCGACGGUCGUCGUCGUACGAUAACGGAUUACAAAGGGAAACCCGGCCGUGAGAUGACUAGUGACUAGUGAUAGUCUCUGUGGAAUGGAUUUAGAGCCAGUAGAAAGGUGAUGUGGGUAGAACACCCUAUUGGAAAGCGACUGUCACAUUUGCCUGUAGGUGUUCAAAGCUAACACCAUGCCAUAAGGAACUGUGUGCUACAACGAUUUUACUGUGGGCUGGAACUAUUCUUUAGGGCUGGAAAGAGGACCUUCUCCACUUUCAACAUGCUAAUAGCUAACAAUAGCAUAUUCAGAGAGCUCUUCCAAUGUCUCUGGCUGAUAGCAAACCAUAGAGCUCCUCAGUCAGUGGAAUAGUCCUUAAUUAGGAACAACAAACGCACUGCACCUGCAUCUGCUCUACGUAAACACAUACAUAUUGGACACAGCAAGCGGCCGUGCAGAAGCUCAAGACGGCGGCUGGCACCUCUGCAUGUGUGCACCUGUGUCUGUAUAGUUAGUGUGUAUGUUUCCCUGUCUGCGUGUGUGUGAGUGUGCGCCACCUUGGAUCCUCCUUGGAGCCGCACACCGCCCGGGCGUCCAGCCUUCGGCCCGGAGAUGCUGCAGACCAACAACUACUCCCUGGUGCUGCUGAUCCAGCUGAGCCUGUUGACCUUUGACCUGUUCGUCAACUCCUUCAGCGAGCUGCUGAGGGCAGCGCCCGUUGUCCAGCUGGUGCUCUUCAUUAUCCAGGACAUAGCCAUCCUGUUUAACCUGAUCAUCAUUCUGCUGAUGCUGUUCAACACCUACGUGUUCCAGGUGGGCCUGGUGUCCUUGCUGCUGGAGCGAUUUAGGGCCCUGCUGCUGCUCUCUGCCCUCUACCUGACCCUCAGCAUCUCCCUACACUCCUGGAUCAUGAAUCUACGCUGGCUAAAAUCAAACCGCUAUGUGUGGACGGAUGGUCUCCAAGUGCUUUUUGUCUUCCAAAGAAUAGCGUCCGUGUUGUACUACUACUUCUACAAGCGCACCACAGAGUACCUGGGUGACCCUCGGCUCUAUGAAGACUCGCCUUGGCUCAGAGACGCCUUUGCCAAUGCCAGGGCCCGCCAGUGAGCAAAGAGCAGUGUGUGGAGAUUAAACUGGAAAGGACAGAUCCUAAAUUGACCCCUCCAUUUCCCCCCGGACACAGAGACACUGCUACGUGCAGAACUGAAAUAGACGCUACAAUGCACAGGCAUGGGCUUAUACGGAGGGAAGACGUGGGUAAACUUUAACAAGAAGGGUGAAAAAUGAGAUUCUGCUUGGAUACAGCAAGCCACUUUGCAGGGCAGGCCAGAUGUACUGUAAGAGGCAAACUGGUUAAGGGCCUUGAUUAAUGGACAGAAUGUUAUACCAAGAUGACUGUGAUGCUGAAUUUUGAGAACUCCUAGUUUGAUGUGACAUUGACACAAUAAGUUAUAUCUUUUUUUCACACUUUGUAACCUUGUGACUGCGUUUGUCUGUGUUAUUUAGCUAUCGAUGUAAUUAUUAACUUUGUUUUGUAGGAUGAUUUGAGAGUUUGUGUGCCAGAUUUUGUGUGUGAAGAUGACUGGAAAGAAAAACUAAUGUUUUAUGUGUUUUAAAAUGCUUACUUUUCCCUCCUGCUUUUUGUACAAAUGUAUUAAACAAAACCCAGACAGUGCAUACACUGAUA